AUGGCGGUAACUCUCACUAGCAGAGAGACAUGGAGUCUACUUGCGCUGGUGAUAGCCUGUUCGGCUGUCCUCGCGAAGAACGCGAUUCAGGGCGAUGGAGAGCCUCUGGUUGCUUCACUGGCGUUGUCCGGGAUCGCCUUUGCGGCGUCCUUUAGCCUCAUUCGAUGGCUAGGGGAUGUAUUCAUGAAAGCUGGGCUGAAAGGGAAAGACAUGUCGAAGCUGAAGAAGAUAGAGAUACCGGAAACUAUGGGCGCCGUUGUUGCAGUUGUUUAUAUUCUGAUUCUUAUCAUAUUUAUUCCAUUUCCUUUCUACAAGGAACUCGUUGCAGCAACAUCUGGAGGAGGGAAUCGUGAUAUACCUUUACCAGUCCACCACGUUGAGACUGGGCGCUUUUUGCAUAAGUUCCCUCACAAUAAGCUCGCGACCUAUCUCUCUGGAUUACUCUCGUUGCAGUCAAUCGUCAUACUUGGCAUCGGUGACGACCUCUUGGAUAUUCGAUGGCGGCAUAAGUUUUUUAUUCCUGCGUUUGCCGCAGUUCCGAUGCUCAUCGUUUACUUUGUCGACUUUGGAGUGACACACGUCAUCGUACCCGUCCCUCUCCAAGAGUAUCUGGGCCCGUCCAUUGAUCUUGGCUGGAUGUACUACGUAUAUAUGGCAGCGGUUGCCAUAUUUUGCCCCAACAGCAUCAACAUGUUAGCUGGGAUCAACGGGAUCGAGGUUUCGCAGUCGAUAGCCAUAGCCUGCUUGUUGAUAGCAAACGACGCACUGUUUUUGUCACCAUUUACGCCGUACCCACACCCGGCCACGGACUCCCAUCUCUUCUCCAUAUACCUGCUACUGCCCUUCAUCGCCGUAUCGCUAGCGUUAUGGUGGCAUAACUGGUACCCAUCGAAAGUCUUUGUGGGAGAUACCUACUGCUACUUUGCCGGCAUGGUCUUUGCCGUUGUGGGGAUACUGGGUCAUUUCAGCAAAACGCUGUUGCUGUUGUUUGUACCCCAGAUUUUUAAUUUCCUAUACUCGACACCACAGCUAUUUCAUGUGAUCCCCUGUCCACGACACCGGCUGCCCAAGUUCAAUCCGCGAACAGGGCUAAUGGAGCCAUCAGUCACCGAAUGGGCGCGCCCUCCUCACAGGAUAAUCGCAAUGGGCCUCGAUCUUCUGGACGCCCUGUAUCUUCUGCGGGUCAAGAAGAACGAAGACGGGGAAAUCGUCGAGACGACGAACCUAACCCUGCUCAAUCUGUGGCUGCUCUGGUUUGGGCCGCUGCGGGAGGACAGGCUUGCCAUUCACAUUGUCGGCGUCCAGCUGCUCUGCGGCGUGGGGGCGCUCCUGGUUCGACACAAACUUGCCUUGCUCGUCUUCAGGGAAGAUAACCGCGGGCCGGGAUUUGUAUACUAA